AUGGCAACCUCUACCACCUCUGCCUUCCCUCUCGCUACUCUCGACCCGUACACCGGCGGACAGGAUGCUCCCCCAGGAACUGCCAACUCUGGCUCAUCGGGCGGAGGUGAUGAUGCUGGUGCAUCGGGAGGCACCUCUGGGGCUGUUGAGAUAUCUCAUGGUGCCAUGGCAGCCAUCAUUGUAGUAGUCGUCGUCGUUGGUCUCCUUGGAAUUGCCUCAGCUGUACUCUUCUACGUUGCUAAGAAGAGAGAGUGGAAAGUGCGGGAGACUCUGCGAAGAUCAGCCAGGAAGGUCGUGACGGCACUUACGCCACGACGAAGCGAGUUCCCGAAGUCAGUCAAGGAGGGUUCAUCAAGAGGUCGAAGCGGACGUGUGAGGCUCGACGACGUGCCGCCUACCCCACGCCUUAAGCCUGAGGAUCUCGAGAAAGGGCUCGCCCAGGCGGAGGUAAAGAGCAAGUUCAAAAUGCCUCGCCGCAAGUAG